GGUAUACAUUCGUUAUCCAAAACUCUUCCUCACCACACCCGUCCUCCCCGAUUUCAUCUGACUUCACAACAUUUCCAAUUUAUUCGACUUUCCUGAACCCGCCGCUACUCUCUACAAGAAGAGAGAAGAAAGCGCCUAGUCACAUUCACUCAUUUUGUUGUAUCUAGUUUUGUUCAUUUAAAAGAAAACAUGUUUAUGUGAUGAUUUUUUAGUACAUGUAUUUAGACGAUCAAUUUAUCAUUUUUCUUCGGAGGUCUAUUUUGAUCCUUCUUACAAAUUUCUUUCCAGUCCUUUGCAGCGCCCGAUAUCCCUCGCGCCCCCUCUCCCUCGAAAGCCCACACUCAAAGCCAACGAAGCUUAUCGUUCCGUUUAUUGCUCCUCUCUCUCUCUCUCUCUCUCUAUUCUCCAACCCUAGAUAGAGUUUUCGCCAUGAAAGGUGCUAAAUCCAAGGGGAAGGCUGACAACAAGCUCGCAGUGAAGGCGAAAAGCACGAAAAAAGUUGCUAAACCUAAACCUGCCAAGGACCCGAACAAACCGAAGAGGCCUCCCAGCGCUUUUUUCGUCUUCAUGGAGGAUUUUCGCGUAUCCUAUAAGAAAAAGCAUCCAGCCAACAAGUCUGUUUCCGAAGUGGGUAAAGCCGGCGGGGCAAAAUGGAAGAGCAUGACCGAUGCUGAGAAAGCUCCCUACAUUGCCAUCGCUGAGACUAGGAAGAAGGAAUACGGGAAGAAAAUGAAGGAGUAUGAUAACAAACAGAGUCAGGCUACUUCAGAGGAGGAGGAAUCUGACAAGUCAAAAUCAGAGGUCAACGAUGAUGAUGACGAUGAAGAUGGCAGUGACGAUGGCGAUGAUGAUUCUGAUUAAAAGUACCUGGGCAGAAACAUGAUGGAUGAUAUGGAUUGCUGCAGCGUUGUGUAAUAGUGGAAGGAUGUUCAAAGAAACGUUUGCCCAUGGGAUAUAGCAUAUAGUGGUAGCUGUUGCUCUUUCCUGUUUUAUUUCUUUUUAUGUUUUUUGGAGGAGUGUUAGAUGGGAAAGGAAAAUGGUUAACUCCUUGGUCCAAGUGGUGAGCAUUUGGUUUGAUCCAUUGCUCCAUGUACUUUGUUAUUAUGAUGAAGAAUACUUUUUUAUUUCAUUGUUAUGCUUAUUUACAACUUUACUUGCCACAAUUAUACAUGCGUUUUUGUACAGUUAGCUUUGUUUUGGAUAUAUUGUGAUGUGAAUUUCCAGAUUUAGUCCGUUUUCAUUCUUUCCCUCUUGAGAAA